CGCGUCACGGCGUCAUUUUCUGAGCCGGCCAUUUUGUGAUAGUUCUCGUGAAGGAAGUAGAACUACAAAAUAAUUUUCAGAGUAAUUUAGGAAACAGGAGUAUAAAUAAUUAAAAAGGAAUGCAAAUGCAAAUGAAUCAAUACGGAGGACGAGGAUUUGGCGGUCCGCCUCAACCCCAAAGGCUAGGAGGACGACGAGGAAACCGAGGUGGUGGAGGCUUCCGUAAUUCUCGCUUUGAUCAAAAUCCUAGAAAUCAAAAUCCUCAAGGAGGUCAGAGACAAAAUGAGCCUAUCAAGCAAGUGCAACAAAAUGAAAAGCCUGCUCAACAAACACCAGCUCAAAAUCCACCUAAGGACAAGGAGACCACACCCCAGAAGCCUCCUCAGCAGCAGCAGCCCCAACCUCAGCAGCAGAAAGUUACUACUCCACAACCCCAGAAACCUCAGCCUCAACCUCAACCACAACAGCAGCAGCAACCAAAACCAAACCAGCAACCAAAACCAAACCAACCACAGCAACCGAAGCCACAAGCUCAAGCUGCUAACACUACUCCGGCCAAGCCUCAGGAUCAAGUUGAUAAAGCUUUUGGGAAUGACAGACAACAGAACCAGAAUCAAGGACCCUUCCAAAAAAACAUGAAUGGAAACUUUGGUGGACCUAAUAAGCAGGGCGGCACUUGGAGUCAAGGUGGACCUGGUAACAAAAACUUUGGACCUAGGAAUAACCAGAACCAGGGCCAGAACAAAGGUAGCCCUGGUGGACCAGCCCGCAAUCAGCAGAGGCCUAAUAACAGAGGUUCUUAUGGUGGCCCAGAUGGAAUGAAACAACCAAUGAGAGAGGAGCAAAUGCUGUCUCACAAGCUAAAGGAGUUAUCUGGACCCUUGAUUGAUCUACCUGCUAUUGAACAAACUGAAGUGAAAUUCAACGGUCGCAGUCGUUUGUACAUUGGAAACCUCACUAAUGAUGUAACAGAGGAAGAAAUAUUGCAGUUGUUUGGCCAGUUUGGAGAAACAGCCGAACUUUUCUUGAACAAAGAGAAAAACUUUGGAUUUAUCAAAAUGGAUUAUAGAGUUAAUGCCGAGAAAGCUAAGCGUGAAUUGGAUGGAAAGAUGAGGAAUGGGCGUAACUUGAGAGUCAGAUUUGCUCCUCACAACAGUGCCAUCCAUGUCAAGAACUUGCCACCGUUUGUGUCCAAUGAAUUAUUAUAUCGUUCAUUUGAAAUCUUUGGCAAGAUAGAGAGGGCUUUUGUUAGAGUCGACGAAAGAGGAAAGCCCCUCGGUGAUGGAAUUGUUGAAUUUGCAAGGAAGCCUAGUGCAUUGGCCGCCAUUCGUAAUUGUUCGGAGAAAUGUUUCUUCCUUACAUCUUCACUCAGACCAGUUAUUGUGGAAAAUUUGGAGGAACCAGAUGAGUUUGAUGGCUACCCUGAGAAGAACUUGCCAAGGAAGCACCCAGAAUUCAUGAGAGCUAGAGAGUAUGGACCCCGAUUUGCCGAGCCUGGCAGUUUCGAGCAUGAAUAUGGCACAAGGUGGAAGCAGCUUCAUGAGCUCCACCGUCAGAAGGAGGAGGCGCUAAAGAAGGAACUUGCCUCUGAAGAGGAAAAGCUUGAGGCUCAAAUGCAGUUUGCUAAGUACGAGCACGAGACUGAGUUGCUGCGCGAGCAACUGCGCCAGCGAGAGGAGGACCGCGAGCGCCAGAAGCGCAGCUGGGAGAUGGCGGAGCGCGCGGCGGAGGAGCGGCGCGAGGCCGAGCGCCUGCAGCGCCUGCGCCAGGAGGAGGAGCUGGCGCAGCGCAUGCGCCAGCAGGACGACGAACUGCGCCGCAGACAGCAGGAGAACACGCUCUUCGUGCAGGCUCAACGUCUCAACUCUAUGCUGGAUCGUCAAGAACAAGGAAUGUUUGAUCAGCAGCCAAUGGAGGGCGGCUUCAGAGACCAGUUCGACAGGCAACGCGGAGGAUAUGACGACAUGCCGCAGAACCGCGUUUGGGACAACUCGCGACAGAUGGAUGAUUUCCCUAACAAACGCCGUCGCUUUUAAAUACGCUCCGUCGCAACUAUGAGCGUCAAACGUUCGUCUGAGCGUCCUCGCUCUGGACAAUUCAAUAGUCUUUGUAAAAGUCGAUCGAUGAGUCACCAGCCAUUAAUGCGUUUAGCAGCGUCAACUGAGUUGCUUACGACUAGUUGUUCAGAACUUUACUCCAUCCUUUAAAUAACCAGCAACCUUCGGACAGUGUAUUAUCAAAAAUAGAAAAAAUAUCGUUUAUAAUGCAACAUAAAAAUUUGUAAUUUAAAUGUUUAAUACUAUCCUUUGACACAACUCUUUCGCUACUGAGUCUCAACGAUAACGAUAUCUUAAUUUUUAUAUUAUGUCGGUGUUUAUAAGCUGCUUUUACUUUUACAAAUAGAAUUAAUAAUUAUGUAAAACGAAAAUUGAAUUUCACCGAUAUGGCAGUUCUGAUAAUUUGCUUGUUGUUAAUUUCAUUUUGGAGAUAUUAAUCAUAAUUUUAUGAGAUUUAUUUGCGUUCUUAGAAUUACAUUAAGAAAAAAACGCGUAAAGUGUUUGAUUAGAUAAUUUAGCAUAAUAUUUUGAUAGUGUUUAACAUAACGUAAAGAAUAAAAUCUUAGAUAUUUACCAGCUAGUAAUAAUUAAAUAGUAGAUCGUACGAUUUAAUGAAAUCAAUUCAAUAAGGUGUGUCGUAAACUUUAUUCCUUCUAUUAAACAGUUGUAGGUUAGUAUUAAUUUUUAGUUUAGUGACGUAAACAUUAUUUUAUUACAUCGACGAAACUUUCUGAUCCAGCCAAAAGGCAAAAUUUUUACACAGACGUGAAGAAUAUCUCUUCACGUCUGUGUAAAAAUUACGAAAUAAAAGCUUUUUUAUCACUUAGGUUCAACGUUUUUAACAAUAAUAUGUUAUUUUGUAGUUCUGUAUCCAUACAUAUUAUAGUAAAGCAGAAAGAUAGGAAGAUUGCAAGGAGUAGGCAUUGUGAGUGGAGAUGUAUGUAUGAGCCUAGUGCGAAAACAUAACAAUUUGUGUAAAUGUGUGAAAUUUGAAAAAAACGUGUGUAGGUAUGUAUAUUGAGGAAAUCAUAUUGUAUUCUCUAUCUUAAUAUCUUAUAGAUUAAUAAAAUAUUUCAAAUAUCAA